GUGUUUUGUUUUCGGUGCAAGAUGAAUGAGCCCGAAAACAAAAGCCGUUGAACUCGAUGAAAUGCUGGUAUAAUUACUUUAUAUUUAUAUUGCCUUUUUGUAUUACUUUAUUAUCUUAAUAUAUUUAAUUUGCAUUAACGUUAAAUGGUUUUCCGCUGCUAGCUUUUAGUCAUUUCAAGUCGGUUGAAAGGUGCAAGUGUUACUCCUGCUGGAAAUACGAAAUUAAAAUGAAACUUCCCUCAAUUGUCUGCUUAAUUUUUGCAUUACUUGGUUGUGUUUCAGCUUUGAAGAACCCUGUUUGUGGUGUAAAAUAUCGAGGUGUAGGUCUAUGCAAAAUGUUAAUCACGAAAAUAGUCUACAUACCCAGUGAAAACAAAUGCAAGACUGUGCACAUUGGUGGAUGUUCGGCCGAAGGAACUUUCUUCAAAAGCAUCAAGGAAUGUGAAGCGAAAUGCAAGGAAUAAUAAUACUAUAGCUUAAAGUCUUAAAAUAAAGAAGCCUUUCAAGAAUGAACAAG